AUUGUUCAUUAUUAUUUGUUAUUAUAGAUCUCUCCACUGUUGCUCGGCCCAGGGAACCCAAAACCGUUGCAUGGACUGUGUGAUCCUCCUCCUCUUCGAAUUAUAUUAUUUCCUCUUUUCCCAAGGAAAGACCUGUGGAGGCGGGUGCGAAAGGCAGUGGCGGGAGGUUCCCAAGAUGUCGAAGGACAAAAAACGUAUAUAGUGGAAACCCUCGGAAACAUGCAAAAAUGUGAUGGAUUUGGUGCCAAUAUGAAGAAGGCUCUGCACCUGUAAGGGGAGAAAGCAAGAUGGAAAGGAUUGUGUUUCGAACUCAGCACCGAGACCCAUUCGGAGGGCGGUGAAAGGAGGAGGCCAGAUAAGCAUCUCAGGUGUGUCGAAAUGUACCUGGGAAAGCCUUUCUUGUGUUGUCUCAGGUGUGGCAUUCGGCAUGUAUUUAAACACCUGCGGACAGGUGUCGGCCAAAGGUAGUGCUGGAUGGAGGAGCCUCCUGGGAGUCCCCUUUGACCCACCUCGAAGGAACGGCGUUAGAAGGAAAGAGAGAAAGAAAGUGAGACAGAGAGAAAGAGACGGCUACCUGUCGAUAACAGGCAACACCUUGCCAGGCUCAUCUUUGCAGGAUGCCCAGCAUCUUUGCCUAUCAAAGCGCGGAAGUCGACUGGUGCGAAGGGAACUUUGAGCAUUCUGAGUAUAUCGCCGAAUACUACAAUACGAUCAGCAACAUCUCCUUCUUCAUCCUGGCACCUUUCCUUCUCUGGAUGAAUGGCUCCUAUAUGAAAUUCCGCCCGAAUCCUGUCAAGAGCCUUUUUGUGGCCCAGCUUUGCAUCGGGGCCUUUUCCAUGUACUUCCACAUGACACUGAGCUUUGCCGGUCAGUUAUUGGAUGAACUCUCCAUCCUGUGGGGAAUGUCCAUCUGCUACGCCUUUUGGUUCCCCACUCGCCACUUCCCCGGAUUCAUCAAGAACAGAGACCAGUUUAUGGUGCUGGUGGCGCUGGUGUCGGCAGGCAGCACUCUGCUGUCCUUCCUCCGCCCGGCUUGGAAUGCUUACGCCCUCAACUGCGUGGCCUUCCACCUGCUCUACUUGCUGGGCCAGGAGCUCCGCAGCUGUGCGGAUGUGCGCGUCCACCGUGUGGCGGGCCUGCUGCUGGCCUGGUGGCUGCUUUCCAUCAGCUGCUGGCUGACCGACAAGUUUCUCUGCGGAUUCUGCCAAAGGAUCAGCUUCUGCUAUUUCCACAGCUUCUGGCAUGUCUUCAUCAACGUGGCCCUCUACUACUGCGCUACGCUGGUGAUCUACUUUGACCUUUUGCACGAGGGUCCCCCGCGACCUCCCUUCGCCCGGCCGCGUCUGGCCUACUGGCCCAGCGAGGACAGCCCCUGCGCCCUGCCCUACGUCACUAUAACGCCCCCCAAAGACUGCUAGCAUCAACAACCACAAACAACAACAACGAGGCAACAGCCCUUCCCUUUGGGGCAUUUCCUAUCUUUGAGAAACCUUGCUCUGUCCCGCUGCAGCGAGCGCCGAUCCCAUCCGCGUAUUUAUUUUUAUAUAUAUGGGGAAAAAUCACUGGCCAAUAUUUACAGUUUCCUCGAUUUUUUUCUUUUUUUUCUUUUUGGUGUUAAAUAAACCAUUUUA